AUGGGCGGAUGUGUGCGUGUUUCUGAGCAGUGAUGAUGAUGAUGAUGAUGUAGUAAGCAGGGAGAGCUGUCAUAUCGGCAGCAUAUAUGGAGUAUCAUCACUAUAAAGUGUUUAAAACUGAAAUGUGUUCUUCGGACGCGGUCUUCAGCUGAUGAUACGAAGAAACGGCGCGAUCGACGAACAAACAGCUUCUGAAUCAGGGGAUGGAGGCGCACAGUUCAGGCCUCGGCAGGAAGAGGAAGAGAGAGGAGAUGAACGGAGAGAUGAAGGAGGCCGAGUGUUUCAGAAAACUUCCUCGGAGGACUCUGGGCCUGACUGCACCUGCACCGUUCGCUGAUGAGCUGGUGGCUGCACAAACCCCAUACGUCCGCGUCAGCAUGGAAGAAGCCCGCCGUGGCACUCCAGAGCACCGUCCGGUCCGCGUCUAUGCUGACGGGAUCUUUGACAUGUUUCAUUCCGGACACGCUCGGGCUUUGAUGCAGGCCAAGUGCCUUUUCCCCAACACACAUCUCAUUGUGGGUGUGUGCAGCGAUGAUUUGACGCAUCAGUUUAAGGGUUUCACCGUCAUGAACGAGGAUGAGCGCUACGACGCAGUGAGUCACUGUCGUUAUGUUGAUGAGGUGGUCCGCAACGCUCCGUGGACACUGACGCCUGGGUUUCUGGCCGAGCACAGAAUAGACUUUGUCGCCCAUGACGACAUCCCAUACAUCUCAGCAGGAAGUGAUGAUGUUUACAGACACAUAAAGGAGGCAGGUAUGUUCGCAUCAACUCAGAGAACCGAGGGCAUCUCCACGUCCGACAUCAUCACACGAAUCGUACGGGACUAUGAUGUUUACGUGCGCCGCAACCUGCAGAGAGGCUACACCGCCAAAGAGCUGAACGUCAGCUUCAUCAACGAGAAGAAGUACCACCUGCAGGAGCACGUGGACAAGGUGAAGCAGAAGGUCCGAGAUGUGGAGGAAAAGAGUAAAGAGUUCGUGCAGAAGGUGGAGGAGAAGGGCAUCGACCUCAUUCAGAAGUGGGAGGAGAAAUCGAGGGAGUUCAUUGGGAACUUCCUGCAGAUGUUCGGCCCGGACGGGGCAUUGAAGCACAUGUUGAAAGAGGGAAGAGGACGGAUGUUACAGGCCAUCAGUCCCAGACAGAGUCCCAGCAGCAGUCCCGUCAGUGAGGAGCGCUCGCCGUCCCCCACUUUCCGUCUUCCCUUCUUCACCUCCUCACCUUUCUUUUCUCCUCCUCCUCCUCCUCCUCAUCAUCACAGCAGCGCUCACUGCACAGGCAGAGAUGAGGACGACUAGACUCCUGAUGUCAAACAACACUUCAUGUUCGCCUUUAAGCCAUUCUGAGUAGCCAAGAAUAUAAAUUAGGGAUGGACUAGCUCAAAAUGUAUUUGAAUACAAAAAAUGUUGAAAUGCACAAUAGUGACCAAAUUAUUCCACCCGUACUUUCUAAAUGUUUUUAUCCCACGGUUCCCUCUCGCUUCAGAGAGGUUUGUCACACACCACUUAACCAAAAACGCUCGUAUUGUUGUUCUAUUCUUUGGAUCGUAUUCGUCCUGGAACUUGCAUAAUUCUGCAUUCCUCUCAGUUUUUUGU